UGCCUAAGCUGUAAUUACCAGUGCUUCAUCUUCUUAACACACAAUGGAGAACACCUACAGUAAGUAUCUCCAUGCUAAAAUCCGAGCAAUUCUCACUCUAUUCCACCUCUCCUUCUUCGUCUGCCACCUUGCCUACGGCGUUCAUGGUAACUCACCUUAUUCUUAUAAUGCAACAGAAAACAUACUUCUCGCUUGUGGCUCGUCUUACAGCUUCCCCUCUGCAGAUCAAACACGGACAUGGUUUGGAGAUAAUAGCUCUCAAUACUUCCCCCUGUUUGAAACCCAAUAUAACGCUUCGAUAGCCUCUGCGGCACCUAAAAAUCCAAGUAGCAGUCCCGAGAAAUGCUACUUGCAAGCACGACUCUCUCAUUCGCCGUUCACAUAUAUAUUCAACCUCACGGCCGGUCAAAAGUUUAUCCGCUUGUAUUUCUAUCCAACUUCGUAUCCAGAAUUUGAGAACUCGAAAGCUUUCUUCUCUGUUAAAGCAGGUUCUUUUACCCUCCUAAGCAACUUCAGUGCUUCACUUACGGCUGCUGCCAUAGACCAAGACACCUUUUUCAAAGAAUUGUGCUUCAAUGUGGAAGAAGGUGAAAAGUUAAACAUAACCUUUACUCCGAGUCCAGACUAUCAACAGGCAUACGCAUUCGUCAACGGAAUUGAAAUAGUAUCCAUGCCUACCAAUCUUUAUUACACCGAAGCACCCAGUAAGGCAUUAAAAUUUCUAGACCGGCCUACAGAUCUUACAUACAGAUACAGUAUCGAAAACAGCGCAGCCCUGGAGACCGUAUACAGAGUAAAUAUCGGCGGCAGGCUGAUCUCCCCACACCUCGACACCGGCAUGUUUCGAACCUGGUUUGGCAGUUCCGCGGAUUACUUGACAUAUGCUAGACCAGGCUAUAACUCUAGUAUGCCUCUCAAUUUCAGCCGGAUGGCUAAUUACACUGCUCCAGCUGAAGUCUAUCAAAGCGCUAUGACGAUGGGACUGGACCAGGAAAUUAAUGCAAACUAUAUCCUCACUUGGGAGUUUGCAGUGGAUUCCGGGUUUACCUAUUUUGUCAGGCUUCAUUUUUGUGAGUUUCAGAUAGAGAUAACAAAAGUUGGUGAUAGAGUGUUUCAGGUCGACAUAGCAAAUGAGACUGCCGAAAAUCAAUUAGACAUGAUUGCUUUGGGUAAUGGUCGUGGUGUUCCAAUAUACAAAGACUACGCUGUGAUUAUCGGAGGAAAAGGAAACGAAAAGAAGCAGAAUCUCUCUGUUGCUCUGCACCCAACAGCCAAGUGGAUGAGUACCUAUUCUGAUGCUACCUUGAAUGGCGUUGAAAUCUUCAAAGUGGACAAUCAUGGAAAUCUCGCCGGACCUAAACCUGACCCCAUCCCCCCAUCUGCAGUUCCGCAGACAAACACAGAAUCAAAGAAAUCCAAGAAUGAUAGUACAACUAUAACCCAUGUUGCCGGUGCAGCAGCUGGCUUUGCCGUCCUUUCUCUUUUAUUUUUAUUCAUUUUCCGGCGAGUAAGGAAAUUCAAGGACUCAGGUUCAAGUACUGGGGCUUCAUUAUGGGCCCUAUUUUCUUCUUCAACGAUUAACUCAACCAAGUUACGUGGCUCAUCUCUACCGUCAAAUCUUUGUACCCACUUUUCACUAUCUGAUAUCAAAGCGGCUACCAACAACUUCGAUGAUGUUUUCAUUAUUGGCGUUGGAGGGUUCGGUAAUGUGUACAAAGGCUACGUUAACGAUGGGUCCACACCAGUCGCAAUCAAACUGCUGAACCUAGGGUCACAACAGGGAGCCAAUGAAUUCAACACCGAGAUUGAAAUGCUCUCUCAGCUUAGACACCUUCAUUUGGUGUCUCUCAUUGGCUAUUGCAACGAUCAUGGAGAGAUGAUCCUUGUAUACGAUUACAUGUCUCGUGCAACCCUUCGUGAUCAUCUCUAUAACAGCAAGAAUCCUCCUUUAACGUGGAAUCAACGACUCCAGAUAUGCAUUGGUGUAGCCCGCGGCCUUCAUUAUCUUAAUACAGGCGUGAAGCACGUUAUCAUUCAUCGUGAUGUGAAGACAACAAACAUUUUGUUGGAUGAGAAAUGGGUGGCCAAGUUAUCUGAUUUUGGAUUGUCCAAAAUGAGACAUACUACCAUGUCUAUAUCUCAUAUAAGUACAAGGGUGAAGGGCAGUUUUGGAUAUUUGGAUCCUGAGUACUUUCGACGUCAACAGCUAACAGAGAAAUCAGAUGUAUACUCGUUUGGUGUAGUGCUGUUUGAAGUAUUAUGCGGUAGACCACCUAUACUCCGUACGGGGGAUAAGAAGCAAGCGAGUUUAGCAGCAUGGGCCAAAGAAUGUUAUCUUAAUGGAACAGUUGAUCAAAUUGUUGAUGUUUCUUUGAAGGGUAAGAUAACGCUUCAGUGCUUGAAGAAAUUUGUUGAGGUAGCAAUAAGUUGUCUACAUGAUGAUGGAAUCAGACGGCCAUCGAUGAAUGAUGUUGUCUGGGGUCUUGAGUUUGCAUCUCAGCUUCAAGAGACUGCAGACAAGGAUGAUAAGAUUGAUGAAGCUCAUCAUAUUCAGCCCCAUCGUUACGAGGAUGAGACCCCUCUCAGGUUGACGCCCAUGUCCAUUGAGUUCACGGAUAAAGAAAAUAUAGAACACCGUUGUGCUACCACAUCAUUUGCACCAUCCAUACCAUCCUCCAAUGAAUUUGUGCCACCUUUAAAUUUUUUUUCUCUUAUUUUUCUUUAGAUUUGAUUUUGUAUCUAUACGUUCAAUUGUUAGACGUUUCGAAAUCAAAAAUAUCGAUAAGUGCGGUUACCAUAUUUUAUCAUUCAGAUAUAUAUGCUGCAAUCAUA